GAUUUGAUGACCCUUGGCUUAUAGCAAGAGUUAAAAUUCACUAGACUAGGCAUAUGUUCUCAAUAGCUAUCACUAGUUGAUUGUUUAAAAAUAUAAAGCCUAUUUUAUCAGUUUGUGAUGUCCAUGCAACAGAGAACCAUUACUAACAGGGUUAGGGUUAGGGGUUAUUCCCAUGGCAAUCAAAAACUACAUUCUUAUUACAAACCACCAACCUAACUGUUAGGUGUUAAACCUUCACAUAAAAGCCUUUUUUGUGAAAACAAAAACAGGUUUCUGUACGAAACAUAUCAUAUGAAAGUAAUCAUUACCUUGUAAAAUAGUUAUUUUUCUCUGGGUUGAUUUGACACAUUCUAAGUGAACUUUACAAACAAUAUAUAUGUUAAUCGCGUCUUGGUUGGUUUGAAAGAAAUCGAAAACAAACAACCAAAUAAAUGCAUCAGCAUGUAACCAAUGAGCAGAACUGAAUUCUGGAAUUUAUUACAAAAACAAAAACCACGGCUGUGCAUUUAUGCAUUUGUAGUAGACUACAAAAAAUCGCGCAUAAAAAGCGGUCAUGGCAACACAGAAGGUUUAAUCAUGUUUGUGCGCUAGAGGCAGCGCGAGAGUUAGACAGUAUGGGUAAGUUAGCAGUUCUCUCGCUGUCUGUUGCAGCUCUCGCAGUUUUGAUCGGAGAAAGACUCAUUACGUUAAGGCAUUUAUCACUUUCCUACAGAGAACUCACCCAGAACUACCUUCCGAACUGUCACCACAUAGAGGGCAUAGAAUAUGGUGCUGAAGAUAUCACCGUACUUGAAAAUGGACUGGCCUUUCUGAGCACUGGCUUGAAAUAUCCAGGCUUACCAUCCUAUUCAGAUGACCCUGGAAAGAUCUACACCCUGAAUCUGUUGGAUUCUAAAAUGAAAAUCAAAGCAAUGAACGUCAAGGGAGACUUGGACAAAGACUCCUUUAAUCCACAUGGAAUCAGCCUGUACACGGAUGACAAAGAUGGUGCCGUAUACUUAUUUGUUGUUAAUCAUCCUCAAGGCAACAGUCAAGUGGAGAUUUUUCGAUUUGUUGAGGAUGAAAAUGCUCUUCAGUACAUCAAGACCAUCAAACAUGAACUCCUGCACAAUGUGAAUGAUAUAGUCGCUGUGGGGACUGAAAGCUUUUAUGCCACCAAUGAUCAUUACUUCACGAAUGGGAUUCUCAAGUUUGUGGAGCCCUUUCUGUCUUUGCCCUGGUGUGACGUCGUCUACUACAGCCCUCAGACCGUGCAGGUUGUGGCAGGGGGCUUCUUGAUUGCCAAUGGCAUAAAUAUCUCCCCUGACAAAAGGCAUUUAUAUGUGUCAGAUCUUCUGAAGCACAAAAUUGUUGUCUUGGAAAUACAGAAAAACACUGUAUUGUCUCAUGUAAAGGAGGUUGACGUGGGGUCACUGUGUGACAACAUUGAGGUGGACCGUGAAUCUGGAGAUCUAUGGCUGGGCUGCCACCCAAACGGUCUUAAAUGUGUAUUUCAUGAUCCAAAUGAUCCACCUGGUUCUGAGGUUAUCAGGAUUGAGAACAUCCUCUCUGAAAAGCCCAAGGUAACCCAGGUAUACGCAGAUGAUGGCAGUGUGAUCAUUGCUUCUUCGGUGGCAACACCAUAUGGAGGAAAGCUGCUCAUAGGAACAGUUUAUCAGAAAGCUCUGAUCUGUGACCUUAAGUAGUGUAUAUACUUACUGGAAAGAAUAAAUUUUGGCUCAGCCAUUUGAAAGAUUUUGUCUAAAUAGUGUCACUUUCAGCGGAACACAAAAAUAAAGUCAAGGCCUUUUGUAGAGUAGUUUUAAAAAUCAAUCCAAACUAUAAAAACUUGGCAUAACACUGGAUGAUUGGGUUGCAAUUUACUAGAUAUGUGAGCUUGAAGUAUAACUUGACUUAAAAUAAAUUGUUAGUAGCUGUCUGAGACUUGAUAUUUAUUUCUUAAGUGAAUAUACUUGAGAAUAUAAAAUUAUAUUCAUCAAUUUAUAAUGUACAUGCAACACAAAUAAGCAUUUGCCAAAACACUUUCACUGAAAUUGGCAAAUAUUUUGUGAAAAUGGACAAUAGUUGCUAAUUUGUAUGAAUUUGUAUUUUUUUAUAUAACUGUAGUGAUGCAGUGCACAUUAGUAAGGCCGCUAUAUGUACUGUAGAGUAGUAAAUAAUGUGUGCCUCACUCUUGUGCUCUUUCUUUGAGUACAAACCCAUCGAAAAUGAAGAUGAUUACUGUAUGGAAUAGAAUGAAGCAGGAAGGGUAGAUCGAGAUGGGCCUGAAUGUUGUAACCACCACCACAGCUGUUUAAUAAACACAAAUUAUUUGCAA